CUUGAACAAGAUUAUUUGUUAAAGAAGCCCUAAAUCUUGAGAUAAGUAAUUAUUUGUUAAAGUAGAGAAUAGAAGGAAAGGAACUGAAAAAAAAUAUUUUGAACUCAUUCAUAUGAGUCUUCUUCUUAGAAUAAAUAAAUGUCAUUCAAUCCAAAGUUAGUUUCUGGUACUUAGUUUAUAUGGCAUUAGUUCAAAUUCUUUUUGCCUUCUAUUUCAGUUUUUGACCUUGGAGUAGCCAUUUAUUGAUGUAGAUUAGCCAUUUAUUGAUGAAAUUGCUAGCGCUAGUUCACAUUUUGUCUAUCCAUUUAUGAAAAGUCUAUUUAAUUAAUUUAUGAUGAACCUAUUUUUUGUAAAAAUUAAUUUUAAAAAAUCCAUUUUAGCUAUACAAAGCAUUAUAUAUUAUAUAUGA